AUGUUCCGCAGCGGUCUGGAGGCGGCUCUGAAAAGAUGCUCUUGUUAUUCGUCAGCGUCCGAAGAGAGUUUGGAGGACGACUUUAUUAAAGUAAAGAUUGAUGAGGAUUUAGAAAAAUACUACAAGGAGCUGAACAAAGCCACCAAAUUACUGUUAUUGGGCACCGGUGAAGCUGGCAAAUCCACCUUCUUCAAACAGCUUCACAUUAAUUACGGUGGCGGUUUCAGCGAUGAGGCGCGGCAGGAAUAUAAGCGUGUCAUAUACCAAAAUAUUUUCAUGGCCAUGCAGUCAAUGCUGGUUGCGAUGGACGAGUUGAGAAUAUCAUAUGAAAAAUCAGAACAUGCGAUCUUGGCGAAUAAUAUUUUGACUGUUAAUGUUAAUGCUGUAACGAGUUUGGAUGCAUCAGAAUCGUCCGCCAUAGAACGUCUCUGGACCGAUAAGGGUAUACAACAAUGUUAUGAUCGACGAAGGGAAUACCAGCUCAUCGACUCCGCCAAAUACUUUCUCGACAAUUUGGAUUGUUUCACCCAAAACGAUUACGUGCCGAGUGAUGAUGACAUCUUACGCUCGCGCGUUGUCACCACGGGCAUCGUGGAGCAUGUCUUCGAUACACAGAGAAACCGAACAAAGCGUAAUAGCACCAGACGGCUAAUGCUACGAGUAAUAGAUGUUGGCGGCCAACGCUCUGAGCGUCGGAAAUGGUUGCAGUGUUUUGAUGAUGUGACGGCUCUCAUUUUUCUGACAUCACUCUCAGAGUACGAUCAGACGUUAAGCGAAGCCAAAGGUUUGAAUCGUAUGGAGGAGUCGAGAAAUCUAUUUCGUUUCAUCUUAUCAUCGAGCUAUUUUGAAAGAACUCCCAUCAUUUUAUUCCUAAAUAAACUAGAUUUGCUCGAAGAGAAAAUAAUGACAUCACAUUUGGCGGACUACUACCCAGAGUACAAAGGUCCUAAACAAAACGCCGAUAAAGCAAAAGACUUUAUUUUCCAAAUGUUUAAAUGCUCAGUGGACAACGACAGAAAACUGUAUAAGCAUUACACAUGUGCCACCGAUACAAAAACCUUUCGCAUGGUACUUCUGGCAGUACAGAAUACUAUAAUGGAUCUUUACUUCGAAUCUAUUGGCAUCAAUUAAACUGCCGCUCUUG